AUGGUGAACUUGUGCAUGGGCAUGACAUUAUCACGCGUUUCCUCGGCGCCGCCGGUGGCGUGCUUCUCGCUGUGGGUGAGGCCGCGCUGCGGGCGCGAGAAAGAAGCGGCCGCAGCACGGGACGAGGGGCGCUACCUUGCUCCCGCUUCUGAGAAGGAACGCGUAGGGUGGGCCAAGGACUCCGCCAGCGGCACCAACAUGACCCACGCGAGCCACGUGCUGCUCGUGCACCCGAUGGUCGCUGGGUCCGCCGAGGAGCAGCGCGCCUACGAGGCGCAGGCCAUCGGCAGAGUUCGAAGGUGGGGGCAGCGCCGCAGAGUGCAGGUGUACCGCUUCGUAGUCCAGGAGACACCGUCGAGGCGGACCUGGCUGCGGCACGGCACGCCGCCGCGUGAGGCGCCCGGGCCGAGACCUGCGGGACCCGCUCGCACGAAGCGGCGGCGCCGCCUGCUGCAGCCGUCGACAUCGCCGCGCCCGAACGCAAGCUGGCGCUGCUGGUAGAGGGCGCGCCGUGGCGGGCGCGCGGAGGCGCGCGGCUGCGGCGCGUGGCGGCGCUCGGCGGCGACGGCGAUGGGUGGGGACCCAGGCCCCCUCGAGGAAGCACGGAUGGAGUGAUGCGGGAUCGCGUUUUCGGUGGGGAGGCCUGAGACUCGGCCGGCUGUGCAGACUGCUGGGGUUGCUGCCGCAAGCCCGCUGUACAUACGUAGCGCGCGCGGCCAAA